GAAUGAAUUUUUGCACUGUAACAUUGUCAUGAUGUCCGCAUGGACGUAUGUAUUUUUAAACGAUAGAUAGCCGUAAAUUUUUAUGACGAUAUUUGUGCGUGUAAAAAAAUACAAACAGGCCUUUACUUGAAAUUAGUACUGGUAUAAAUAGUAUGAAGAUUGUUACUUUAGUGUUAUAAAAUAGUGUUAAAAAUAUUUAUAAAGCGGUGAUAAUAAAAUAAGUAUUUUUAGAAGUGAACAGGGAACUUGUUUAACGAUAUGCUAGCAAUAAUUGUUGUAUUUUGUUUGUUGUCUAUUUGUAAUGUUUCAACAAUGUACAGUUCAAAAUAUAUGGAGGGUUAUCCGCAUGGUUUCUUGGCAGAUUGUCCCGGAUCAAAUCAGGAAGCAAUAAUAACAAAGAGAAGUCUCAAAUACCUAACAAUGACUGUCGCGAACAGUGACAAAGUUAUGCCCAAUAAAUACAGUUUCUAUCAAAUGAAGGACUUGGCCCUGGAUCCAAAUAUAGAUUUUAGGAGAAAUACAGUGCUAUAUAUAGGUGGAUAUUUGGAUAGUCCUAGCUUUAUAUUCGCUAGGAAUAUGGGUGCAGCUUAUAAGGAUUUGGGAUAUAAUGUGUUGCUAUUGGAUACUAAUAUGUUUACUACUAUGCAAUACCCAAGAGCUGCCCGUUUCAUGCGACCUGUUGGUAAGAACACGGCAAAAAUGCUUGCCGAACUAACAACAUACGGUCUAGAUCCCAAAAAGCUAGAACUUGUAGGAAUCAGUCUAGGCGCUCAGACAGCCAGCUUCAUAGCCAAACACUACAAAAAGCUGACAGGCCAUUCUAUAUCUAGACUUACAGGGCUAGACCCAGCUGGUCCUUGCUUCCGAAACCUAGGUCCAGAGGAACGUAUUGAUAAAAGCGAUGCUGAUUUUGUCGAAAUGGUGGCCACAAACAUAGAUGGAUACGGUAUGGCUGCGCCCGUAGGACAUGUCAAUUUCUACGUAAAUGGUGGUGAAUUCCAACCAGGCGAUCUGAUAUGGACUAUAUGCGACGUUAUAUGCAGCCACUUAAGGUCGUAUUAUGUAUGGAUGGCCGCGUUGAGGAAUCCCAAUUCUUUCAUUGGUUUACAGUGCGAUUCUGUGCAAGCCGCGAGAGACAAAAAUUGCUAUGAACGACAGCCAAGGAUUACCAACGUGUUGGGAUUGAAUUGUGAUAAAACUAAGGAAGGCAUAUUUUACCUGAAUACGAAUAAUACGUAUCCGUAUUAUUUGGGUAAAAAAGGAUUAUCGAAGGAACACGAGUUCGUAUUAUCCAAAAUGAAUGAGAUUAAUGCUGAAAGUAUUAUAAAGAUGUAGAUUUUGUGGACAAAUAAAUUUGGUGACUGAUUGAA